UAUUGUUGGCCGUGUCAAAGGCUCUCCCAAACCCCUCCACCGGUGCACUUUAGCUUGUAAUACACUCCGCGUACAGUAGUCUAUUAGCCCAUAUAUAGAAGCAGCAAAUCAAACUUGAAUCCAACGAACGAAAUGAAUCCAAUUCCAAUCCCAAAUCCAUAAAAUUUCCCAUAAAUUCUCAGACAUUUAUCAGAAUCUGAAUCUCAUUUAUGCCACCAGAAAUCUCAAUUCAUUCUGUAGAAUUUUAAUUCUUAUUUUGAUCAUUUCUAUACCUUUCCAGAAUUAUAUACAAUUAAACAUCGGAUAAAUUUAUAUAAAUUAGCAUUUAUUGGAUUCUGCUUCGUUAUCCAACUAUUCCGGAGUUCUCCACUCCAGGUUCAUACGGAACAUAUUCAUCCGAAGUCCAUUUAACCCAAAAUUCCCAAAUUGAAAUCCAUUUUCCCCAAACGCUUGUCUCCGUGUGACCGUCUUUCUCGCUCGACUUCUCCUUCCGCUUCCAGUUCCAGAAUCCAGAGUUCCAGUCUUCCAGAAUCCCAGAUUUCCUCUUCACGGCUUGGCUAGUUGGCUUCGCAGUUUGCUCAGUUCGCUGGAGCCUCGAGUCCCUCCCACUGGCCACUGUCUCAGCCUCCCAGUGAGUUCAAAGUUCAAACACCGAGUGGCCUCCUUCUGUCGAGUGGCUACUGGCUGGCAUUUUUGUUGUCGAACGAGUGAGUUCGAGUUCCCUUCCCUAGCCCGGACAAUCACAGAACCGACCCUGUUUCAAUUUCUACUCUCUGUGUGCGUGUGUUUUUUCCGAAGUUUAGCUCGGGUAUUGAAAUUUUGGAGUUGUAUUUGGUGUAGUAGAAUUGAGAAUUGAAGAUGAGGUUGUUGAAAGUUGCCACGUGUAAUUUGAAUCAAUGGGCAAUGGAUUUUGAUUGCAACAUGAAGAAUAUAAAAGAGUCAAUUUCUAGGGCUAAAGAAGUCGGUGCCACUAUUCGGCUCGGCCCAGAGCUUGAAAUCACUGGCUACGGCUGUGAAGAUCAUUUCUUGGAACUUGACACCGUCACUCAUGCGUGGGAGUGCUUAAAAGAACUAUUGCUUGGUGAUUGGACCGAAGGCAUAUUUUGUAGUUUUGGUAUGCCUGUUAUCAAGGGGUCAGAGCGUUAUAAUUGUCAGGUGUUGUGCUUAAACAGAAAAAUAGUGAUGAUACGCCCAAAGAUGUGGCUUGCAAAUGACGGAAACUACAGGGAACUUCGAUGGUUUACAGCUUGGAAGCAAAAAGACCAUCUUGAAGACUUUCUGCUCCCUAUCGAAAUAUCCGAGUCUUUGUCUCAGUCAACGGUGCCUUUCGGCUAUGGUUAUAUUCAGUUUCUGGACACAGCUGUUGCAGCUGAAGUUUGCGAGGAACUUUUUAGUCCUAUUCCCCCUCAUGCUGAGCUUGCAUUGAACGGUGUUGAAGUUUUUAUGAAUGCCAGUGGAAGUCAUCACCAAUUAAGAAAGCUCGAUCUUCGCCUUCGUGCUUUUAUAGGUGCUACACAUACCCGCGGAGGAGUUUACAUGUAUAGUAAUCAGCAAGGAUGUGAUGGUGGCCGCCUUUAUUAUGAUGGAUGUUCUUGCAUUGUUGUUAAUGGAGAUAUGGUUGCCCAAGGUUCCCAAUUUUCCGUGAAGGAUGUAGAAUUGGUGGUUGCUCAAAUAGAUCUAGAUGCGGUUGCUAGUCUUCGAGGAUCUAUAAGUAGCUUUCAAGAACAAGCAAGCUGCAAACCGAGAGUGUCCUCAGUAGCAGUACCUUACAAACUUUGCCAGUCUUUUAAUCUCCAAAUGUCACUCUCAAGUCCAAUUAAGAUUCAGUAUCAUUCUCCAGUAGAGGAAAUAGCUUAUGGACCUGGUUGCUGGUUAUGGGAUUAUUUAAGACGAAGUGGUGCAUCUGGUUUUUUGCUUCCACUUUCAGGUGGGGCCGAUAGCUCCUCUGUUGCUGCUAUAGUUGGUUGCAUGUGCCAGCUUGUUGUAAAAGAAAUCGCCAAUGGGGAUGAACAGGUCAAAGCUGAUGCUAUACGAAUCGGCCAUUACACUGAUGGACAUUUUCCAACCGACAGCAAAGAAUUUGCUAAACGCAUAUUCUACACAAUUUUUAUGGGAUCUGAAAAUAGUUCUGAUGCCACAAGAACCAGGGCAAAGGUGCUGGCUGAUGAAAUUGGGUCAUGGCAUCUUGAUGUUUCUAUAGAUGGAGUAGUUUCUUCUCUGCUCUCUUUGUUUCAAACACUUACUGGAAAGCGACCACGUUACAAGGUAGACGGAGGAUCCAACAUUGAAAACUUGGGAUUGCAAAACAUACAGGCUCGCAUCAGAAUGGUCCUAGCAUUCAUGCUAGCAUCACUCUUGCCUUGGGUUCACAACAAACCUGGUUUUUAUCUGGUCUUGGGUAGCUCCAAUGUGGAUGAAGGGUUACGUGGCUACCUAACAAAGUAUGAUUGCAGUGCUGCAGAUAUAAAUCCAAUUGGAAGUAUCAGCAAGCAGGAUCUUCGAACGUUUUUGAAAUGGGCUGCUAUCCAUCUUGGUUAUUCAUCAUUGGCAGAAGUUGAGGCUGCUCCUCCUACUGCUGAAUUGGAGCCUAUACGUUCCGACUACAGCCAGCUGGAUGAAGUUGACAUGGGAAUGACAUACGAGGAACUCUCAGUAUAUGGAAGGAUGCGUAAGAUUUUCCGCUGUGGUCCUGUAUCAAUGUUUAAGAAUCUCUGUUAUAGAUGGGGUGCAAAAUUGACCCCAGCAGAAGUUGCUGACAAAGUGAAGCAUUUCUUCAAGUACUAUUCCAUCAAUAGACAUAAAAUGACUGUCUUAACACCUUCCUAUCACGCAGAGAGUUAUUCGCCAGAAGACAAUAGAUUUGAUCUACGCCAAUUCCUGUACAAUGCAAGGUGGCCAUAUCAAUUCCGCAAGAUUGAUGAAUUUGUAGACAAUCUGAAUGGUGAUAAAGUCACUAUUACAAACCAGGAAAAUGCGGAUGUUACUUCAAAUGGUGGUAUGGGUGUUGUGGCAGCAGGUUCCGGCAAUCCUCGAGCUGGAUUUUAGGUUCUCACUCAAAAUUGGAACAGAUAUCAUGUGGCAUACAUGGAUUAUUUACUGUCUCCCUUUCCAUGCUUUUCAUGUUGAAUUUGUCUAUCAUGAUACAGAACUGGAACAAUAGUUUACUUGUAUUAUACGUUUGAUUUGUCA